AUGGCUUUUACUUCAGAACUUCCAUUGAAGCUCCAACUUCUCACUUCCAUGGCCUGCUCCUCCUGGCUUCUGAUUAUUGUGGCCUUUUGUUUGACGGUGCCACGUUCGGCAGCUGUUCGAGGAUUUUCGAUCAGAGAAGCCACAGUACCUGACCUCCAUCUAGCUUUCAAGCGAAACGAGCUCACGUCGAGGGGCCUUGUCGAGUUCUACAUCGGAGAAAUUCGCAGACUCAACCCGGUUGUCCAUGGUGUCAUAGAAAUCAACCCAGAUGCCUUGCUGCAAGCUUACAAGGCUGACAGAGAGCGUGAGGCUAAGAAGCCUGGAUCGCUUUGUGGGCUGCAUGGAAUCCCAGUUUUAUUGAAGGAUAGCAUUGGGACUAAGGAUAAGUUGAACACUACUGCUGGAUCGUUCGCGUUGCUUGGCUCUAUCGUGCCCCGUGAUGCAGGCGUGGUGAAGAGACUAAGAAGGGCUGGAGCCAUCAUACUGGGAAAGGCUAGCUUGAGUGAAUGGGCUGACUUUAGGUCCCUUGCUGCUCCUGCUGGUUUGAGCGCUAGAGGUGGCCAGGGAAAGAAUCCAUAUGUUUUAUCAGCAUCACCCUGUGGAUCCAGCAGUGGACCCUCCAUAUCAGUUGCAGCAAACAUAGCAGCAGUGUCAAUAGGAACUGAAACGGACGGCUCUAUCCUCUGUCCAGCUAGUUUUAACUCAGUCGUCGGCAUCAAACCGACCGUCGGCCUCACCAGUAGAGCAGGUGUCAUUCCAGUCUCCCCAAGACAAGACACUAUUGGGCCAAUCGGCAGGACAGUGACUGAUGCUGUAAUAGUUCUUGACACCAUUGUAGGAUUUGAUUACAAUGAUGCAGCCACCAGAACAUCCUCCAAGUAUAUUCCAUACGGUGGCUACAAACAAUUCCUCAAUGCAAAUGGGUUGAAAGGGAAACGAUUGGGCAUUGUUAGGAACCCUUUUUUCAGCUUCUUCAAUGAUUCAGCCAUCACUCAAGCUUUUGAGGAUCAUUUCAACAUUCUAAAGCAAGGUGGUGCAGUUUUGGUAGACAACCUAGAGAUAGCAAAUAUAGAUAUCAUCUUAAACGUGACUGCAAGUGGAGAAGCAGCGGCAUUGCUAGCAGAAUUCAAACAAUCAUUGAAUGAGUACCUGAAAGAGCUGGUGGCUUCCCCUGUUCGAAGUUUGGCCGACAUAAUCGCCUUCGAUAACGCAAAUCCAGAUCAGGAACUGCUCGACGUUUUCGGCCAGGAGAUUUUUCUCGCGGCCGAAGCCACAAAUGGGAUCGGCGACGUGCAGAAGGCGGCUCUGUUGAACUUGGCGAAGCUGACGAAGGAUGGGUUCGAGAAAGUGGUGGAGGAGGAGCGAUUGGAUGCGGUGGUGACGCCAGGUCCCGCCAUAGCUACGGUGCUUGCAAUUGGGGGAUUUCCGGGAAUCAAUGUUCCGGCGGGGUACGACGGCGGAGGAGUUCCAUUUGGGAUUAACUUUGGAGGGUUGAAGGGUUCAGAGCCGAAGCUGAUUGAGGUUGCUUAUGCGUUCGAGCAGGCCACUCUGAUAAGAAAGCCUCCUUCCUUCAAGCCUUGAAGUGAAUCAAAUUACAACUUCUUCAUCAAUUGAGCUGUGUGUUAAGAUAUUGGAAUUAAUUGGCAUUUUAGCUAUUG